UUUUUAUUAAACGAGCCCCUAAUCGAUGAACUGCGAACGGAUAAUUACGAUUUAGGACUCACCGAAAUGUACGAAUUUUGUUCUUAUGGAUUAUUCGAAGUAAUUGGAAUCAAAUCAACGGCACUUCUGUCUGCCACUACAGUUACCGAUCUACUUGCUGAAGUAUGGGGCCUCCCAUCUCCGAGAAGUUACGUAACGGGAAAAUGCUGCUGGCCAUCAGCAAAAAAACUUUUUCAGAACGCACUCUUCAGGCGUAUGGUAAGUGAGGACUUCCCGGAUCUGAGAGAUCUGGCACAACGAGCAGCUGUUGCAUUCGUUAAUACCUUACCGAAUAUCGAUAUCGCACGGCCUAUUUCCAGUAAAGUUGUUUUCGUUGGAGGUAUUACUAAGAAGCAAGUAUCAGUAAUGGAAAAGCCAUUUGCGGAUUUGUAUGAGAAUGCGCGCAAAGGCGUGGUGGUGUUUUCACUUGGAUCGCUUGUUGACGCGGUUAAAAUGCCAGAGCAAAUGAAAACCGAUGUGCUGUUGGCAUUUUCUCGCUUUUCGGACUACGAUUUUAUUGUCAAAUUAGCAGUAAGCGAUGAAGAACGGGAAAAAUUCGCUUCAUCUUAUCCCAAUGUGCAUUUCUUCGAUUGGAUUGAUCAGGUCAAUCUUCUCCAUCAUCCGAAAACGAAAGCAUUCAUAACGCAUGCCGGCAUGAAUAGUCUCAGUGAAGCAGCAUUUGCUGGGACACCGGUUAUUUGCAUACCGAUAUUCGCUGACCAGCAUUACAAUACAGCCAUUGCGCUGAGAAAAAAUAUUGGAAUUUAUCUGAACAAAAAGCAUAUCAACGUGGAAACUGUGACAGAUGCGCUUCAGAAAGUACUCAAUGACCCGAGGUCUGUAUGUGAACAGGUUCCUCAGAAAAGGUUCAUUUUGGGGGACAAAUUUUACAUGACAGGGAGUACGUAA